GUCUGUCUCCUGUAAAGUUCUCCCACUCUCCCUUCUUGUGUCUCCCACCCAAACUUCCUCUUGUCUUUUCCAACUUCCCCUUUUGCUAAAGCUAGAGAGAGAGAGAGAGAGAGAGAGAGAGAGAGAGAGAGAGAGAGAGAGAGAGAGUCCCAAGAUGUCAAGCAGAAGGUCCAGGAUCUCAGAGGAGGAGAUCACCGAGCUCAUCUCCAAGCUCCAGUCUCUUCUUCCCGAGACCCGCCGCAGAGGCGCAAGCAGAGCUUCAGCAGCAAAGGUACUGAAGGAGACGUGCAACUACAUCAAGAGCCUCCACCGGGAGGUGGACGACCUUAGCGACCGCCUCUCAGAGCUGAUGGCGACCAUGGACGUCGACAGCGCCCAGGCCGAGAUCGUGCGGAGCCUCUUCCGUUCCUGAGCUACUUAAAGAGUGAUCAGAAAAGAGACAUCUCUGCUGCUUCCUUGUUGUUCAUGUAAAUUUCUUUGAGGUCAGGCUCGAGUUGCUUUGUCUAUGAACAACCGACCGACCGCUACUUGCAAAAGCAUUCAUGUACUCCAUGCAUGCAGUUUUUACUGGGUCACUAUAUAUAAUCUGCUUGCUGCA